ACUUGCGCUUCCACUACAACUCCCACUUACCUUCCACUUAUCCAUCGCUUAUCCCCUCAUUAUGUCAUCCAACGACAACCCUUCGGCGCGCGACGACGCUACUUCGCCACAUGGUAGCGAUGCUGCCUGAAUUGUAGCCGCAGUUGUAUCAAGACCGGUAACCUCCCUUCUUGAGCGCAUGAGGCGCCCCAAAGCGCCGACUGCCGCAACCGGUCAGACAUCCACCUUGCCAGCGACUCCCCCGACCAACGCCCCAGUCGUCCAGAAGUACACCGCCGUCGAUCCUGCAAAGGUCCAGGCAGCCUACUUCCGCGAACUGGCCCUAACUGAGGUGGAUCCGCCUUCUAUGAUUCCCCUUGAUCAGGUCCCGCGCGGAAUCAUUCGCACGUUGGCAGGUUGGAGCCCUCUCCCGGACGAUACCUAUAUCGACUCCAAGGUCUGGGACAUCAAAACUCUGCCCCGUCUUGACAUCCCCAAGCAUGUCCGCUACUCGGGCGACCUUUCUCUCGUGGAUGGCAAGCUCACGACUCGCGUUCGCUUGUACACCUUUUACCGCGAAUUCUUGAACAACGUCGGAGAUCACUUUGCUCAUUACAAGAACUCUGAGAUCAAGAACGCGUUGAACAAGUGUCUCUACGGUCCCGCUCAGAUGAAGCUCGGCGACUACGCCACGUGGAGAAAGCACCCGACCACCACCCUGCUCGACAUCUAUCGCUUCUUGGCAUUGGAGUUCCCCGAGAAACAGGAGUAUGAUCCCGCCGCUCUCGCCUUGAACGCUUUUCAGAGCAAGGGAGAAUCGCCCUAUGCCUGGGUCAAUCGUUUGGAGAAUCUUGCCGACCACGCGCCCAAGCGCGAGGGCUGUGACUUUGACAUCGUCUUGAACGCCCGCAGCCGCUGCACGAGUUCGGCUUUGUACAAGAAACUCGAAGACGCGUCCAGAAAGCCAGAUGUCAAAGCCUUGAAGAGACUUUGUGCCACGCUAGUUGAGGCAAAGUACAUGGGCACCGCAUUUCAGUUUGACUUCAACACCCCGAUUAACGACCCAGAGAACGCCCGUGAGUAUAUGAUCCCCAACCCGGACGGUCACAUUCGCAUUGGAUCCACGCAAGAGGAGAAGAAGGAAUCUGCCUCCCUCAAGCGCAAAGCCCCCGAGCAAUCGACUAGUCAGGAAACCGCAACUCAGGACUAUCCCCCUCGCGCCAGACAGAGAACUAUCAGCGCGGGUGGUAGCCGCGGUAAGCCUGCCCCGAGAACUCAGGAAGGAUGUAAGUUUUGCUUGAAGCACAACUUCUCCAGCCCCGCUUCUCAUACGGACGAGAACUGCUUCAACAAGGACCAUUCCAAGCGCCCUAAGAAGACGGAACCCGCGAAGAAGGAGUAAGGAGCGACGUGUCGACUCAACCCCUGUCCGACGGACUAAUUUCAGAGAAUAUGGAACUCGGCGAACAUCCGACGUUUAAUCUUUCAGAGAAUAUGGAGCUCGGCGAACACCCGACGCUCAAUUGUGUGAUUCCAGUGAACGAGAUGCCUAAACACCAUCCGCGUCACAUAUUAGUUAAUGGCUUUAGUUUUAAACAAUGCAAUAUACCGUACACGAAUAUAAA